CCCUUUAAGUGGACAAGUGGGCUGUAUUAAUCUAUCCAGAAGGCUAAAAUGCUCAACAAAUCUUUCUGAAACUCAACACAGUUAACAUUUUUCAGCCCAAAACUCAACUUGUUAUCAGAUAAAUAAUUAACCAUCUCAAGAAGCAAGCUGAAUCAUGUUCCGACUUUUCACUGCCUGCUGGUCUCGUCAAAAGGUCACAGAAGUAAAACAAAGGAAUGUGACUAUCAUUGUCAUUGGCUUGGACAACUCAGGCAAAAGUCAUCUUAUGGAGGCCUUUCAAAGAUUGAUUCCUAGCAAGAUACACAGUGAUAUGAAACCAACACAGAUUACACUUCUACUAGAUGGUUACCAAGUAUCUCUUUAUGACCUGACUGGAGACCUAAAAGGCCGAGAAAAAUGGCCAAGCUACUAUGCUGAGGCACAUGGGCUUGUUUUCGUCGUGGACUCUAGCGACAUAUCACGCAUCCAGGAAGUGAAGAUCAUCUUAACGCGCCUGAUGUUUGAUAAAAGGGUAUCCGGAAAGCCCAUCUUAAUCCUGGCAAACAAGCAAGACAAGAAGGAUGCCCUCUUGCCUUGUGAUAUCAUUGAAUAUCUACUUCUGGAAAGGCUAGUGAAUGAGACAAAGUCCAUGUGCCGAGUGGAGCCAUGUUCAACCAUGAAAAACCUCCCAAAGAGGCAUCAACAGCCAAUAAUUAUAGGGCUGCGUUGGCUAUUAGCUGCUAUUGGUGAUAAACACAAUGAGCUGUAUACUCGUCAACACACACCCAGUAUGAGCAUCUCAACCUCCAAGAACAUCAGAGGCUGUGGAGAAAGAUGCUCAUCAGACAGCUUCGCGAACAGAGUGGGAAUGCUCCGAGACAACAGACAGCAUUUUGAGAAAAGACAGCACCUCGAGCACAGACAGCAUGUGGAGCAAAGACGCUUUGAGAAAAGACAGCAUUUUGAAUCAAGACAGCAUUUAAUACAGCGCUCACUGGACGCCAGGCCCCUAAAGCCAAUCCUACAGAAAGAUGGUCUGCGAAUAAGGCCCAAAAAGAAUAUGUCAGUGACAUUUGCUCUGGACAUCAUCAUGGAGGAAGGUGAAUGUUCUCGGAAGACUGGAGCUCAGAGUAUCAGUAAGCCUUGCAACAGUAAAUGUUACAAUAUGCAGACUCCAGCUCCAUCUCUCGAGGGCAAUCUUUACAAAGCUCGUAGGCCAAAAAAGAGAGUAGAUAAAUGGAACACUGAAGAAAUGUUAUUGGAAGAUCCAUGUAGCAAAGCCUUCCGUUCCUGCGAUUACUAAAGAGAAAAUGGAGGAGCAGCGGAAGAAUCAUUCCCUCUACCACCUUUCAGUAAAUGGGCACAUCUUCAGAACCGGCAGGAAUGCUCAGUCUUUGACUUUUACUGGAUAAUGUCUCUACAGCCCACGUACAAGUUCACCUAUUCUAACAUCACAUCCUUGAGAACCAUUGUUUCUCCAUACCAGUGUGCUAGCCAGCAAAUUCAUCCUAGACUCACGGGGAGGCUCAGGAAGUUAGGUGUCGUCCACCUCACCAAAGAAGAGCAGCAAUUUCCCAAAUGUACUGAGAUGCUCCUGAAAAAGCUUACAGAUAAGAUGUUGUGAACAACUGAAAUUGAGCCUUAGAAGAACAGGGUUACUUUAGAAUCACACGUUCCUCUUUAAGGUUCUCAGGUAUAAAGGGACUGGCAAAAUAAAUAAGAAUGAUGUUCUA